CCAGCCCUGAGGGGUCCAACCCACCAGUUCUUCAGAAGGACCCUCAUGAUGACAUCAGGCCCACCUCGAUAAUCUGGGAUAAUCCCCUCAUCUCAAAAUCAGCGGGCACGCACCCACCCAGGGAGCACCCAGAGGCUCUGGAGUGGAGGUGGCCUCGCUCGAGGAAGCGCUUGCCCUCCUGGCUGAGGGCCCCGCGCGGCAGAGGCAUGAGGGUCCUGCGGCUGCUCUGCUUGGCUGCGCUAGCCACCAGCAGCUCCGCAAAGCAGGAGAAAGAGCCGGUGUCCCAGCUGCAAGCUGACUUCACCCUGUUGGACAGGGGGUCAGGCCUCAGGGUAGAGGUGUUCUGCCAGGCAUCCUCGGGCAGCCCACCCAUCACCUACAGACUGGUCAGGAGGAACGGGCACAUCCACAUGCAGCAGACUCAGAACCCUGGGCAGCCAGCCAACUUCUCCUUCCCACUGAACCAGACGUCGGACUGGUUCCGGUGCCAGGCUGAAAACAACAUCAGCGUCCAGCACACUCCCUUCACACUGGUGCCCCCAGGAGAGCUGCCCCAGGGACCCACCUUCGCGCUGGCUGCCUGCCUCAUCUCCAUCAUAGCCGUCUUUUCUUGGAAACUGAGCUGGACCAAGCAGAUCAGAUGCUAAAACCCACGACCCAAUGGAAGAAAUUAACUACUUGAGGAUCAUGGGUUCGUAGCCCAGGGGCCUUCUGGUGCCUAAGGAUCGAUAAUGUUAACCUCUGUGACACCAACCAAUCAGAGAAUUGAUCACAUACCCUGCGGCUCCCCUCCCUCACCUGGCCGAUAAAAGUGCUUUGCUGAAAGCCCUCGAGGAGUUCGGAAUUUGGGGGGGCACGAGCGCCCCUGCCCCGUUCCCCUUGCAUGGCCCCGCAGUAAAACUUUCUGUGCUCCAAACUCCAA